GAGAAUACAGACGUCUGUUUGAGAUUCUUAGCUCUUUUCAGAAGAAAACAAAACCCCAUACAAAUCGACGACGCCGACCCAUUCCAGACUGUUUACGCUCCCAUCUCUCUCCAUUUUCCGCCAUAACUCUUCUUCUUCCACCUCUGUUCAUCGAAAGACUAAACUCCAUUGCUGCUCUGUUGCUUUCUUUCCGAUUUCAUCGCUUAGAUCUGUCAAAAACAGGAUCGCCGGAGUACAGAAUCAGAUUCAGACGAUUUCAAACCAUAUCUUAUUGCUGCUGCUGCUGCUGAGCUAGAAUUGUGUUUUUUUGGAACUGUAACCGGCAAGCCACAAGGUUAACUUAUUAGACAAACUUACUGGCGAUGUGACGCACCGUGCACGGCUAGGGUUUACGUUUCAUCAUAUACAGUUUCAGUUUCAUCCGAGGUUUGAAUUUUGAAAUGGUGAAAGAUACUGUUUAUAAUCUAGGUUUAAUCUAUGUGGUGAUUCUCUGUAUCAAUUUUGGAUAUGGAGAAGCUAUCGUCAAUACUUUCCUGAUCAAUUGCGGCACAAAUGGUAGUGUCACUAUAGAUGGUAGAAUAUGGAUAGGUGAUAUGGAACCUAAUAAUAAUGUCACUUUCAGUUCUGGUAUUGUGGUAACUAAUUCAUCUUACAAUGGAGAUUCAUCUUUUUCAAUGUUAUACACAACAGCUAGGAUCUUCACCGAUAGUUUGAACUAUACAUUCAUAGGAGCUCGAGGAAAUUACAUCCUUAGAUUGCAUUUCUAUCCAAUCUCGUUUCAGAAUUACGAUAUAAACAAGUCGUUCUUCUCUGUUGAGGCUAAUGGGGUAAAGCUACUUUCUAAAUUCAACGUGCCUGGAGAAAUUUCGCUUAGGAAAUCUCAUUUACAGGGCUCUGAUAACUCGAGCUCUUUGAUCUUGAUAGAUGAGUAUUUCCUUAACAAUGAUAUAGAGACUUUGGUGAUUCAUUUUGUCCCGGAUGAAGGUUUGUUUGGAUAUGUAAACGCGAUAGAGAUCGUGCCUGUUGUUGAUUCUCUGUUUGUGGAGACUGUUAAUAAGGUGGGUAGUGGGAGUUCUUCUAGUACUGGUAGCUCUUUGAAUCUGGGCAAACGCGGGAUUCAAACUAUGUACAGGUUGAAUGUUGGCGGUUCUGAGAUUAAACCAGAUGAUGAUGAUCUAUGGAGAAAUUGGAAGGUUGAUACUGGCUAUAUGUUAACAUCCAAUGCCGGAUUUGAAAUCAAGAACAAAUCUCGUGUCGAUUAUGCUUCUGAUAACAAUACGAUAGCAGCACCACUUAUGGUUUAUGAAACGGGAAGGAGUACUUCGAAUGCAGAUGUAUUGGAGAAGAGAUUCAACAUGUCAUGGAAAUUUGUUGUGGAUCCUGGUUUCGAUUAUUUAGUCAGAUUACAUUUCUGUGAAUUGGAGUUCGAUCAACCAAGCCAGAGGAGUUUCAGAAUCUAUAUAAACAAUCGAACCGCAGCUGAUAACUUCGACAUCCUAUCACAUGCUGGUGGCAAGAACAGAGGGUAUCAUCAAGAUUAUCUUGAUUCAGUCCCAGCUAAAAUCGACACGAUCUGGAUUCAGCUCGGUCCAGACAUUGCUCUCGGCUCUUCCGAAAGCGAUGCCUUAUUGAACGGACUUGAGAUCUUUAAACUGAGUCAAAACGGGAAUCUUGCUCAUAUAGAGGAUUACGGCCCUCUUGAACUUAAGAAAUCAUCGAAAAAUCUCAUCCUUUGGGUUGGAGCCGGAUCAGGAUUGGCGAUUAUCGCGAUUUUGAUUUCAAUUACAGUGUUCUUGUGUUUCCGAAAAAGGCGUGGAAGAAAUAAACCUAGCGACGUCAAAACCUGGCGUCCGUUGUUCCUCAACGGGUCGCUGGUAAACAGCACGGCGAAUGCGAAAGGUACUGUUAGAAAUGUGAAUCCCAGUUCGUUAGCUACGGGUGGGUCUAGUCGGCAUUUUACUCUAACCGAGAUCAAAUCAGCGACGAAUAAUUUCGACGAAAGCUUGCUUCUUGGAGUGGGUGGUUUCGGAAAGGUGUAUAAAGGUGAGCUAGAAGAGGGUAUUACCGUGGCGAUCAAACGUGCAAACCCGCAAUCGGAGCAAGGACUGAAAGAGUUUCAAACGGAAGUCGAGAUGCUAUCUCGUUUAAGACACAGACAUCUAGUUUCCAUGAUCGGUUUCUGCGAAGAACACAACGAGAUGAUAUUGGUGUAUGAAUACAUGGCAAAUGGAACGUUAAGAGGCCAUCUAAUUGGAAACGACAUAACACCAUUGAAAUGGAAACAACGUCUUGAAAUCUGCAUCGGUGCUGCCCGUGGUCUUCAUUACCUUCAUACAGGUUCAGAGCGAGGAAUCAUACAUCGAGAUGUGAAAACCACAAACAUAUUACUAGACGAGAAUUUGGUAGCAAAAAUGGCGGAUUUCGGGUUGUCGAAAACAGGUCCUUCCUUAGAACAUACUCACGUAAGCACAGCUGUGAAAGGUAGCUUCGGUUAUCUAGACCCUGAAUACUUCAGGAGACAACAGUUGACUGAGAAAUCAGACGUUUACUCAUUCGGGGUGGUGCUGUUCGAAGCUCUAUGUGCUCGACCGGUUAUAAACCCGUCUUUGCCUAAAGACCAGAUAAAUUUGGCUGAGUGGGCGAUGAGAUGGCAAAGACAGAGAUCGCUGAAAACGAUAAUUGACCCUCAUUUGAAAGGUGAAAUGAGUGAAGAAUGUUUGGAAAAGUUCGGUGAGAUUGCGGAGAAAUGUCUUGGCGAUGAAGGGAAGAGCCGCCCUACAAUGGGUGAAGUUUUAUGGCAUUUGGAGAGCUUAUUACAGAUUCACGAAUCAUGGAUUCGCGACAUGGCUGGUGAAGACGAAGAAGGUGGAGGAGGAGGAGACUCAUUUUCUAGUAACAGGGGUGGUCCGGCCAGGAUCGAGGAUGUUGUAGAAUCUGUUUAGAAUUAUUUGUUUAUUUUUUGGUUCCUAAGCAAUGGUUGUUGGUUGGGUUUGUAUUAAGUAUGCAACAUAGGCUUGGUUUUAGUUUUUGCCCAUUUCAGUUAUGGUCUUAAAUGUAAGCUAGUUUAUGAUGGGGAUAACUAAUUGACGUUAUUUGCUAUUUCUUUUAUUUUGUCAAAAAUCAAAAUUAAAAAAAAGUUUA